UUGAAUAACUAACAUCGUAUUCGAAGCAUGAAAUGCAUCAAGAGUGGCGACCCCAGCCCGUCAGGCGGCGGCGCGGCGCGACCUGCUACGGUCGCCAUGGACUACACCCUCGCCGCACUGAAGGUCUUCGGCUCCCAGCUCGCGGGCUCCACUGAGGCGCCGUCCUUCGAGGGCUCCUCCGCCGCCCAGAUGCUCUUCGGCAUCCGCUACCAACGCGCCUGGAUCCAGGGCGUUCUCCUGUCGGCGGACUACAACGAGGCCGGCGAAGGACGCCUGGUGCUGGAUGACGGGUCCUGCGUCGCUGACCUCUUCGUCUUGCCCAAAGAAGCCGAGGGACGUCUGUGGCGGGCAGGGAUGUAUGUAAUGGUUAUCGGGGCAUAUGUUGCAGCGGAGUCUAAGGACAAUUAUCCAGCUAUCAAGGUGCAUAAGAUAGUCGAUCUCUCUGCCCAGCCGGACCGUGAAGCGAUGUGGUACAUGGAAGUAGCUGAGGCGUACAACUUCUUUUACUUGCCAUUCUCGGCUGCUAGUCCCCCGUCAUGAGCACUGGUCUUGUUCCUCUCCAGUUGCCUGGUUUCAUGUUUCCCCUCCCUCAGCAAUUUAGUGACAUGUAUUCAACACCACAUUAUGGUUUGGAUGUGCUACGGAGGAUCUCUAUGUAGUAAUUGUAGACCAUCUACUUUCUUAGAAACAAUUUGAAAUUAUAUCCCAUGCGGGCUUGCGACUAA